UAAGAUAAGUAGAAGAAUAGUAAAGACCAUCCAAAGGACAAACAUCAAGAACUAAUAUUGUUAUGUGAGGACAAUGUGGUAGUGUGGAGACUAAGAGGGACUAAGUUGAUAUUGUGAAACAUUUCUACCUCAGUGGAAUUAAGCUCAAUUCUUAACAAAAGGAAAGAUAAUAGUCAAGAUGUCCCAUGGCAGUAGUGUUAGCAGUUUUCAGAAAAAAGGCAAGGCGAAGCUAGUCUCAAUUCCAGGUACUCGCCCAUCAUUACAUAAUGCUCAGCUUCUGAUUUCAACUGGCUUACCUUCUCUUGAUUACCUGUUAGGAGGAGGACUGGCUGUUGGUUCACUGCUCAUAGUAGAAGAAGAUAGAUAUGAUGUGUAUAGUAAACUGUUUCUCAAAUAUUUUCUUGCUGAGGGCAUGAUGAACGGGCACAUGACAACUCUGGCCAGUUUGGACAUGUCUCCUCAAAGUAUUAUAUCAGAUCUACCAUCAUCAGGAGACACCAACCCAGAUGAUACAGCUGUUGAUAUGACAGACACACAGAUGACCAUUGCUUGGAGGUAUCAGAACCAGAAGUCACAAUCGUCAUCCAUCAGCAGCAAUAAAUUUGGCCACAGUUAUGAUCUGACAAAAGUAAUGAACUCAAGUCUCAUAGAUAAGGUGGAUGUGGAAUUGUGGGAUGGUAAAAUCACAGAGGAAGGAAAGGGAAUGGUAAAGAACAAAUAUUAUUGGUCUCUCUUACAAUUUAUUAAGAAAAGAAUAGAGUCAGGAAACCUAUCAACAUCCUUUAAUAAAGCAAAGACUAAUGUUAUGCGCAUAGCCCUGCAUUCACUUGGAUCUCCACUCUGGGGUUGGGAAUUUAGUCAGCAUGAAAAGGACCAUCAGUGGGAAAGUCUCACAGCCUUUAUUUAUAUGCUACGCGCCCUUGUACGCUCUUCUUUUUCCAUAGGAAUGGUCACCAUCCCAUCUCAUCUGUUUGUAGACCCUGCUCUCAUGUCUCGCUUGACAACAGCAGGGGAUUUUGUCGUGAGACUUGAAUCGUUUCAAGGGUCAGAAAAGGAAACCAAUCCAGUAUUCAAGGAUUACCAUGGACUUUUCCACAUUGUAAAGCUGUCUGCACUCAAUAGCCUUGUUCCUCCCUUGUUAGACUCUACAGACUGGGUUUUUCGACUAAAAAGACGCAGUUUAACUAUUGAGCGCUUGCAUCUCCCUCCUGAAUUGUCAGAGACUGUUAGCAGAGAUCAAGAAGAAACAGUUACAAAAUCAGGCCCUGCUUGUAUCGGGGGAAAACUCCCUAAACACCUGGAUUUUUAAAGUUUGUUGCCUUAUGAAUAAAUUUUAUCAAAGUUUU